ACCAUGACCUCGUCUCAUACAAAGAUUUUUUAACAACAAAUCAACAUUAUCUUGCAGAUUAGUUGGCAGCAACUGUUGUACCCUCGAAACUGAGAGAAGAAUAUGACGCUUUUUCUAUAUAUGUCAAUCUUCUAACCGUCUUCAGUUUAGAUUGGUUAAAGUUCUGGUGUGAAGUAACUUCUGCAACGCUUUGAUACCAGUUGUCCUCAGACAGCAGAUCAGCUUCAGUUUUCGGAACUGGGGUUCAAUAAAUCAAGUUUCGUUAUGAGAAAACUUUGUUGUUCCGGUUCCAGAAUAACGCCUAGAUUUAUACAGGACGUGUGUCCUAUAGGAUAUUCUCCUUACUCCAGUCUUAACGCAUGGGACGUUUUGCCGCUACAGGAUGUUAUGAAUUACGACAUUUUUAUGCGGGAUCGUAGAUCUAAUAAAUUAUGUAAAGAGGAUAAGAAACUGUCCAUAACUGACAAAACUGCAUAUGAUGAUGUGAAACAUGAUUCACUUAUUUACUCAGAUGAAAAUAAAACUUAUGACUGUGAAUUGCAGCCUUCAAAAACGCUGCCAAGUGGGAGGGAGUGUAGUGUAGAUGAUAAAGCAACUAACUUGCAACAGAUCCAUGGUAAUAAUUCCGAUCAGAAUAAUCAAGGAUUAGAGGAUGAUUUUGAGUCUCAAAUCUCUAUACUUGGGUUACACCAACGUUUUGUGGAAGAUUUCCGGCGUAUUCCAAAUGAAAUAAGACUUCACAGAGAUAAUGAAGAUUGGAUAAUAACAUUUUUAGAAAACAACUUUUGUGCUAUAGACGAUAAUGUCAAAAAAACCCUUAGCGAAAGUCUUCUGCUUAAGAUUGGAUUCGAAGAAAACAGCAAAGUGAUGAGAACCAUAUUGCAACAAUCGAAGCUACUACGGCCCAAUCAUGUUGAACCAAUAGACUUUAUAAAGCGUUUUGUGGCAGACCAAUUCAGAUACAACCCUGAUCUAUCGCACAAAUGCCACUUGCAUAAAGAAGGAUACAAAUUGGAUCAGAAGGAUCGAAUGGAAAGUUCCUCCGUCCGUACUAUAUCAGUUGAUUGUACAAUCAAUGAAGGAACCAUCUCCGAGGACACAGCAGGAAUAAAAGCUGUAGGAGAGGAACUACGACAAGAAUCAGACCAUUGCCAAGUCACGGUGUUAUUCCAUGGAACAGACAUAGAGAGUGCCUAUGACAUUUCAUCGGGAGGUAUUGCUGUUAGUAUGGGAUCUCAAAAAAAAGACUUCAGCGAUGGGAAGGGCUUCUAUUUGACCAAUAAUUAUGAAGACGCCAGAAAUUGGGCAUUCGCCAUAACGCAAAAGCCUGCCAUCUUGAUUUAUAAGAUUCCUAAACCUCUACUUGACGAAGCCAAAAAGCUAAAUUUGUUUGAAGAAUCACAAUCAAGACCAAAAUGGGAAGAUAUCGUGCUUGCCAAUCGCUCAGGAAUUCUAAAGUACGAAAUGAGAAAGAYGCUGCAACAAUACGAUUACAUUGAAGGCCCAGUUUCGAUAACCGAAACUGACACAGUAGAUUCGGGAGAAGCGGGGAUGACCCGAAAACCGUUGGCCGGUUCGUACCAGCUUUGUGUCAUCAACAAAAAUUUUGCUGACGAUAUCAGCAAAUGUCUAUCUGCAAAGGUUGUGUUSUACAACGUUCAUGGCAAGAAGGA